AAAGAUGAAGCUACAUUCGGUUGUUACAGUCGUUGAUUCAGAUGGAAAUUUCCGUGUGAAUUAAACUUCAGUACAUCCCACCCAACACAGUACUUCAACCACACAUCAUGUCAUCAGAGAUUGAAAAGGAACCAGAAGAGAAAAAAGCAGUAGAAAAAGAGCCGGCGGAAAAGCCUCCAGUUGAAAAGCCAGCACCGAAGCGGCGCGUGGCUCCCACCAGCAAACCGCCGCCUGCAACGCCAUUUUAUAGCAAAAUGAAAUCACAAAUGUUCAGCAAUCCCAAUAAAUAUGCAGUGGCUGUAGGGGCGACGAUGGUGGCUGGAUAUGUCGGUUACAUGGCGUACAUGCAAACAACGACUGAUAUCCCAGCCAUAAAAUCUGACCAAGCCAGAUCUCUUCAGAGGAAAUGAGAAGGACAUGAAGCACUCAGACAUCUUGUUGUUUGGAAACAGAGUUUAAAAAGGUAUACUGGUAUCCUAGGAACAUGUGUGGAAUAGUAUCUGUGUGCCUAAUAAGAGACCUAGAAAAUAUCUGCUGAAUCUGUAGUUAAGGAAACUUGUACAAUCUGUAAACAGCCAACAUUCUUACCGUCAAUAAAUAGCACAUAGCACCGUU